AGUCAGAGACCAAGUGCGAAAGGAAGGUAGGAAUGGGUUUAGGAAGAGGAAACUUCUGGAUCUUAGCAAUCGCUUCAUAGUUUUCACAAUAUUCGAGUAAAAACGGCUUUGAAUUUUCACAAAUCACAACUAUCGUUUUCGAAAUUUAAAGUCCAAAUUGAAGAGACAUUUACCCACUGAGAUUUUCUCCAUCUCAAUUUAGCUUUCCGAGUCUACAAUGUCUUCACCUGCUGAUUACUAUCACUCUCUUCCACCUGUAAGCAAGGCAUAUGGGACUUUGUGCCUGCUUUUCACUGCAGCCUAUCAGCUUGGAGUAUUUGAUGUGGUGCAUAUAGCAUUGAUAUAUAAACUUGUAUUCUCACGCUUUCAGGUGUGGAGGCUUAUUACAAACUUCUUUUUCCUUGGAAAAUUUUCUAUCAACUUUGGAAUUCGCCUUUUAAUGAUAGCAAGAUAUGGUGUUCAACUUGAGAAAGGACCGUUUGAUAGGCAUACAGCAGAUUUCUUGUGGAUGAUGAUCUUUGGAGCCUUUUCGAUGCUAGUACUAGCUGCCAUCCCUAUAUUUUGGACCCCUUUCUUGGGGAUAUCACUUGUGUUCAUGCUUGUCUAUGUCUGGAGUAGAGAAUUCCCAAAUGCCCAGAUCAACAUAUAUGGCCUUAUGACUCUUAAGGCAUUUUAUCUACCAUGGGCAAUGCUCGCUUUAGAUGUCAUUUUUGGUUCCCCGCUUAUGCCAGAUCUGCUGGGGAUCAUUGCAGGGCAUCUGUAUUACUUUUUGACUGUGUUGCAUCCACUUGCAACUGGAAAGACCUUAUUGAAUACUCCAAGAUGGGUGCAUAAACUGGUCGCAAGGUGGAGAAUAGGUGCUCCUGCCCCAACAAACAAUCGAGUGCAACCUGAAAGAACUACUGGUGUAGCUUUUAGAGGGAGAUCAUACCGACUGAGUGAUUAGUUAUGCUCCUCUAUUGCCUGUUUCUGGAUCAUAACAUUAUCUUCCGCAGCUAACUCGUCAAUUCUUCAGAUGAAGCAACUAACACAGAGCAAAGUGUUUUAAGUGAGUCAUAUGGGGAUUCAUAAGGAGCUUCUGACUGCUUAAUUGGCUUUUUCUCUUUCUUCAACAACUUCACAGAUCUUAUGUUCUCAAGGAUUUUUGAAUUGCUGUAUAACCGAAGGGAAAGGAGAAAAAUACAGUUGACGGCAAUGAAAGUAGUUCUACUUCUUUAUGGUUA